GGCCCAAACCUGAUUAUCAACCAGCCCGACGAGCUGCUGGAGAGCAUGUCCGAGUGGUGCAAGGAGCAUCACGGGAAGUCUGGCCUUACCAAGGCUGUGAAGGAGAGUAAAAUCUCGUUGCAGCAGGCAGAGUACGAGUUCCUGUCCUUCGUACGGCAGCAGACACCGCCGGGGCUGUGUCCUCUUGCAGGUAACUCUGUUCAUGCAGAUAAGAAGUUCCUUGACAAAUACAUGCCGCAGUUCAUGAGGCACCUUCAUUACAGGAUCAUUGAUGUGAGCACUGUCAAGGAACUUUGCAGGCGCUGGUAUCCAGAGGAGUACGAGUUUGCACCAAAGAAAGCUGCUUCUCACAGAGCACUCGAUGACAUCAGGGAAAGCAUCAAAGAACUCCAGUUCUACAGAGAGCGAAUCUUCAAGAGGAAAACGGAUGAGAAGAAAAGGAAACUGAUAGAGAAUGGGGAGAGCGACAAAGCUGCCAGCUGAUUCCCCCAGCCGCGCCGUCCCGUAGCACACUCUAGAUGCGUCUCCUGGUUCUUUUCUGUUUGCCAGUCUCUGGGAAGCUGCACCCUGGGUUACCUUGUUUCUUACCAGCUGUUCAAUGCAGACGGAAGCCUGAGCUGCUGCUGCUUUUCAGUUUGAGCAGGGAUUGUCAUGUGGGGCCUCAGCAGCACCUGUGGUUGUAUGCUCUGGGUAGAACACGCUGUUUGAUACUCCUUGCACCUCAUUCUAGGUGCAGUGUUUCACGACACAAUAAAACCAGGUCUGUUGAAA